GUUAUUUUUUAGUCUGGAUUGUCUAUGCAUUUUGUGAAAGAAGCGAAUGUGUUCGCUGCCAUUUUCUAUUGAAAUAAUUUGUUUGAGAAAAAAGUAAUUUGAAAAAAGUAAAAUGCCUGAGAUGAUCAAAACUGCCGCUGACAUCAAAACUGCACCUUUCGACCCGCGGUUCCCUAAUCAGAACCAGACCAGGCACUGCUACCAGAGCUACCUGGACUUCCACCGGUGCCAGAAGGUCCGCGGCGAGAAGUACGAGCCAUGCAACUACUUCAAGAGGGUGUACAGGUCCCUGUGCCCCAAUGAAUGGGUAGACAAGUGGGACACCCAGCGCUCCGAAGGCACCUUCCCCGGCAGGAUCUAAGCGACCCACCGCUAGCUGUGAAUUGUUAAUUUAAUGCGAUUUAAGUUUACCUAGGUAAAGCACCGAUUAGUCAAAUAAAUGCGAAUGAGUUGAUUCCA